CCUCGCAUUCCUCACUUCCUCCUUUCAAACUCCAGGGGAAAUAAAAACCCUCCCUUUUCCUCCCAAACUCCUGCCCGGCCGCCCCCCCGCCCCGCCGCCGCCCGGGCUCGCCGUCCCGCCGGCCGCGCCGCGCUCCUCAGAAAGUCCUGGAGCUGAAGGAGGAUUUGAAGCCGGUCCCCGCUGCCCCUGCAGAGCAGCAGCCUCGCCCAGAGGAACUAAACUAUUCUUGUAGUGUCCCAUAGAAUUUCCCAGUCUUCUUCCUCUGGUUCUGAGUCUGCUCCUCCGCGUGGCACCUUGGAGUUUCUAGCUGGCACCAUUACCUCCAACGAGUGGAGUUCUCCCACCUCCCCUGAGGGGAGCAACGACUCGGGGGGCAGCGAGGCCUUGGACAAACCCAUCGACAAUGACGCCGAGGGCGUGUGGAGUCCGGACAUCGAGCAGAGCUUCCAGGAAGCGCUAGCCAUCUACCCGCCAUGCGGCCGGCGCAAGAUUAUCUUGUCAGACGAAGGCAAGAUGUAUGGCCGAAAUGAGUUGAUUGCCCGCUAUAUUAAGCUGAGAACAGGGAAAACACGCACAAGGAAACAGGUAUCUAGUCACAUCCAGGUCCUGGCAAGGCGGAAAGCUAGAGAGAUCCAAGCCAAGCUCAAGGAUCAGGCAGCUAAAGAUAAAGCCAUGCAGAGUAUGGCUACAAUGUCAUCUGCCCAGAUUAUCUCUGCAACUGCCUUCCAUAGUAAAAUGGCCUUGCCUGGUCUCCCACGACCAGCCUACCCUGCUGUUUCUGGGUUUUGGCAAGGACCAUUGCCAGGCCAAGCUGGAUCUUCCCAGGACGUGAAACCUUUUUCUCAACAACCUUAUGCUGUACAGCCUCCGCUUCCAAUACCAGGGUUUGAGUCUCCUACUGGCCUCUCACCUUCCCCAUCAGCACCAGCUUGGCAAGGACGAAGGGUUGCUAGCUCCAAACUUUGGAUGUUAGAGUUCUCUGCAUUCUUGGAACAACAACAAGACCAAGACACAUAUAACAAACACCUGUUUGUGCACAUUGGGCAGUCAAGCCCCAGCUACAAUGACCCCUACCUCGAGGCAGUGGAUAUCCGGCAGAUCUAUGACAAGUUCCCUGAGAAGAAAGGGGGCCUGAAGGAGCUCUUUGAAAGGGGGCCAGCUAAUGCCUUCUUCCUUGUCAAAUUCUGGGCUGAUUUGAAUACCAAUAUUGAAGAUGAAUCCAGAUCUUUCUAUGGUGUUUCCAGCCAGUAUGAAAGUCCAGAAAACAUGGUCAUCACCUGUUCCACCAAAGUAUGUUCCUUUGGAAAGCAGGUGGUAGAGAAAGUAGAGACAGAGUAUGCACGCUACGAAAACGGACACUAUUCCUACCGCAUCCACCGCUCCCCUCUCUGCGAAUACAUGAUCAACUUCAUCCAUAAACUCAAGCACCUUCCUGAGAAGUACAUGAUGAACAGUGUGCUGGAGAACUUCACUAUCUUACAGGUUGUGACAAACAGGGACACACAGGAGACCUUGCUGUGCAUAGCAUAUGUUUUUGAAGUAUCAACUAGUGACCACGGUGCCCAACAUCACAUCUACCGGCUGGUGAAGGACUAGAGACUCUGCCCUGAGUUGUCCAUGGAAUGCAUGUCUAAGAAAAAAGUCUGUGCUUGAACAACCCCUGCCCCCCCCAUACCAAACUGAAAAAUAAACUGCAGAUAUUGUGUAUUUUCAGAAAAGUA